AUCGCACAUCCUGUGACCUUUGACCCAGUAUGAUAACAGUACACUAAAUUGACAUUUCAUGUAAAUCUGAACGUUUUCGUUGCUGCAGAAGUUGUAAGCCUUUUAAAAAAUGCCUCUAAAAUUUGCUGCGAACAUCUCCAUGCUGUUUCAGGACAUUCCUUCUCUUGUGGGUCGAUUCAGGGCUGCAAAAGACGCUGGGUUUAAGUAUGUUGAGUGCACAUUUCCAUAUGCUGAAGGGUCAGAGGAGCUAGGGGAAGCUUGCAAGGAGGCGGGGCUCCAGCACGUGCUCAUCAACAACUGGCCAGGCAAGAUGGAGAAAGGUGAGCUUGGACUGGCUGCAUUACCUGAUAGAGUACAGGACUUCCGAAUGCAGCUCGAACUCUCCAUAGAGUACGCUAACUGCCUUGACUGCAAACGAAUGCAUAUAAUGGCUGGUCGAACUUCUCGCUAUGAUCAUGAAGAGAUGGAGAAUACAUAUCUAGACAAUCUUCGAUUUGCAGCAGACAGAUUACAAAAGGAAGGGAUCAUGUGUCUUAUAGAGCCCUUAAACUCCCGUAUCACAGCCCCUAACUACUUCCUGAAUAACCUGCACAAAGGUGUUGAAUAUAUCAAAAAGGUCAAUCACCCAAACUUGAAGCUGCAGUUUGAUGUUUUCCAUGCUCAAAUCAUAUCAGGGGAUCUUACAGGGAAUUUGAAAAAAUAUCUACCUUUCAUAGGCCAUAUCCAGAUUGCUCAAGUUCCCGACCGGGGUGAACCGGACCUCAAUGGUGAAGUGAACUAUAAAUACAUCUUCCGGCUGCUAGAAGACAUUGGAUACGAGGGCUUCAUUGGUCUAGAGUACAAACCUAGAACUACGACACAAGAGGGUCUCAAGUGGAUCAAGGAGUUAGGAAUUGAGCUGUGAUACUUCAACUUAUACUUGACAUGUGAACCUGCGAAAAAGGGGCUUAUUGCAGGUGCCUAAAGUGUCGUCCCAGAUUUGCUUUUGCAGUCCACAAAGGCUCAUCAAGGACAACACUCACUGCUUUUAUAGAAUUUUUAGCUUUAACCCUUUCAGCGCUGGAACCGAAUUUUAAAGGCCUUUGCAAACAGUUUGGAUCCAGAUGAGACGCCACAGAAUGUGGCGUCUCAUCAGGAUCCAAACUGUUUGCUAUUCUGAUAGUAUUCUUUGAAAAAAAUCGAAGAAAAUGCUAAUUUAAGAAAUUCAGCUGACGACAUUUUAGCAGACGACAAAUUUCCCAGCAUGCUAAGGGUUAAGCCACUUUUUUCCCAGUAUGAAGCUCAUUUGUACAGAAUUACAUAAUGACCACAUCAGUGUUGUAGGAAUGGGAAACAAAAAAGGCCAGAUGUGAGACUAAGUUUUAUUGUGUCUAUGGGUAAUUGGUAUUGAUUAAUUAGGGGUAUACAUGUAGUUUAAUGAGUGGAGGCUGAAUAUUGUGAGAUAUUUGCUACAUGGAUCUUCCAUUUUCCUUUUGUGACUACAUCACUUUGAUAUUUAAAGAAACCUGAAUUUUAUUUAAUAUGCUUAACAGAUGAAAAUAUAGUAAAAGGUUGUUAUUGUCAUAAAAUACAUUUGUUGUAUUUCAAAAUUACUGCUUUUAGUGUAAAACAUUUAGAAAUUUUAUGUAACAACUGUUAUUUUGAAAGAGAAGAAAUGGUGAAUGAUGAAUUGGUAGCCAGAAUUAUGCCAAAAUAUGUGUGGUGAGAAAACUAAUGUUUAUGUCAUUAAUACUUUGUAUUAAUGUUUUGUUUUGUUUAACACAUUUAUCAUUAAGGCAGUUUUGUUUGAGACAUUUUACAUUUAUACAGUUUUGUUUAAGUAAUUUAUCAUUAAGCGAGUUUUGUUUAAAACAUGUAUCAUUUAGACAGUUUUGUUUAAGACGUUUAUCAUUUAGGCAGUUUUGUUUAAGACAUUGUACAUAUAUACACUUUUGUUUAAGUAAUUUAUCAUAAAGGCAGUUUUGUUUAAGACAUUUAUAAUGAAGGAAGUUUUGAUUAAGACAUUUGUCAUUUAGGCAGUUUUAUUUAAGACAUUUAUCAUUUAGGCAGUUUUGUUUAAGACAUUUAUCCUUUAGGCAGUUGUGGUCCAGACAUUUAUAAUGAAGGACGUUUUGUUUAAAACAGUUCACAUUUAGGCAGUUUUGUUUAAGACAUUUCAUAUUCAGCAAAAUUCUAUUCUUGUAAAACAUAUGUGUAAGUGCUAAUUAGCUCGGCUGUUUUCGGAGAAAACCCGAACUGCUUCCACCUACAACUUUGAAACUUCAUAUGUAGAUGCACCUUGAUGAGUUCUACACGCAACACCCAUUUUUGGGUCACUAGGUCAAAGGUCACUGUGACCUCUAAUAUAAAACUUUAACAUAGGCUCUAAAGUCAAAGUGCUUCCUCCUACAACUUUUAAACUUCAUAUGUAGAUGCACCUUGAUGAGUUCUACACGCCACACCCAUUUUUGGGUCACUAGGUCAAAGGUCACGGUCACUAGGUCAAAGUCACUGUGACCUCUUAUAUAAAACUUUAACAUAGGCUCUAAAAUCAAAGUGCUUCCACCUACAACUUUGAAACUUCAUAUGUAGAUGCACCUUGAUGAGUUCUACACGCCACACAAUUUUUGGGUCACUAGGUCAAAGGUCAAGGUCACUGUGACCUCUAAAAAAAAUAUUUCUUACAAGCUUUUGCAGCCGAUCGUGGCAUCCGUUAUGCGGUGCUCUUCUUUUGAUGUUAGCCUUCAAUUAAAUAUAUUAUUCAAUGAAAUAUAUAGUAUGAAACAUUAUAUUUAAUAUUUAUUGGACAAAUUGUUCUCAGCCAUAAAAGCUGCUAUGUUACAUUUUUGUUCUUUUAAAAUUUCUAAAAAUGUUUUAUGUGUGCUUGAAUAUUAUACAACUGUACCUUUUCUUGUUCUGUUUUGAAUGUCUUUGUAUUGGCAAUGAACUUCAGUACACAAAUUGUAAAACUACAGUCAGAAAAUUAUUAGAGUUGAGAAUAGUGAUGUAAUGGCAAUGCCAAUAUAAAUCAAUUCCUUACACAGUCAAUAAGCACAUACAAACUUUCUUUUUAGCUUGUGUACUUUUUUUUUCAAUGUUCAUUAUACUUGACUUGUUAACUGUGUACAUCUACUUUAACGUAUCUAUGGUAUUUUGAUUUUUAAUUAAGUUUGAAACGUUUUAUCAUUCAUGUAUAUAGAUUAGUUCUGUUAUUUCAAUUAUUUUGAUAGCAAUUAAUUGUGUUCUACAUAGUUUUUAUUUAUUGUGUUCAGUAACAAGCUUUUGGGGUAUUUAUUAUGUCUUAAUUGUUAAAUUUUAAUUUGUUGUACAUGUUAUAUCAAUAGUAGUUAGCAGGUAAAAUAUUACACUAGUUACCUUAAUCAUGUUAUGUUUUUUUUUUAUUAUACAUUUUGCAUUUAAUACCCUUCCUUAUUGGAAAUGUUAACAAUUCUUUUUUAAUCAAAAUGUAUUUAAUGUUCUUUUGAUUAAAAAUGUGCACCUUGUUUUAAAAUAAAUCUAAUUAUUUCUUGGUGCUAAAUGUCCAAGACUUCUUUUUGGGAAACAAUCGUUUUACUCGGUCAACAUUUAACACUUUCUAUGUUUAAGGAAGAUUUAUUCUUUCUUUAGUUAUACAUAAAUCAAUGCUAGUGACCUAUAUAAAGGGCUGUUGUGUCCGGUGUUAUUUUCAAUCUUUGCCUAGAUUUUAAAAUGGUGGCCUAAAAUAGAUUGCUAGAAUAUUCCGUGCCUUCCUUACAAUCUUAUAAGCUUUAGACAAUCUCACCAAAAGACCUUAACACCUUAUAUCGGUUAAUUUCUAUAGUAAAAACAGAGAUGUUGAAAAGUUAUACACACAGAUUAACCAGAACUUUCUUUGAAAAAUGGAGCAUAAAUCUACAAAAUUUCUGGUCUGAGCCAUGAAACUUGUUCAGUGACCUCACAUGAUGACCCCAAGUACAUGUCUGAGGUUACAACCUAAUACCUGUAGUAGAAACAGUGAUAUGGAAAUGCAAAUUCACAAUUUUCUAAGUACACAAAAGGGGCUCAAAUCAGCUAAAUUGCAGGUCAGAGUUAUGGUAGUUUGUUGGUGAUCUUACACAAUGAACCACAGUGCAUGUGUGAAAUUUCAAAUGAGUAAUCUGUAGUAGAAGCAGUUAUAUGGUUUACCUUAACCAUACCUUUACCCUGAUGACAAAUAUUCGGGUAAAUAGUAAAGCUGGAACUAUUUGGUGAGUAGUCAAGCUAAAAAUAUGGUUUGAUGAACAUUUGGCAAUAACUGUGCUUUUUAGAGCGCUAAUACUGUAAAUGUUGACAACAUAUGACAAAUAAUUGGCAAAAGGUGAUCACAAAAGCUCAUAAGGAGCUUAAGCUCACAGUUUCAGCAUUCCAUACUUUUUCACAUCACAUAGUCUUCCCCAUUCUUUCCAAAUAAGUUUGUUCCCAUAAAAUGGAACACAAUGACUUUGACGUAUGAUGUAGGGAUUCACAUUAAGGUUAUUUUGCAACAAAUUAAUUCUUACUAGCCCAUCAAAGAGGUUUGCAUGAUAGGAGUAGCAGUGAAGCCAUUGCCCAAUUAUGAAAAUUAUUCUUUAGUAUGUGCAUCCUUGCUUUUGUAAAAUUUUGAAAUUACAGUAAACAUUAACGUGUGUGAAAUUCAGGUAAUGGUUAAAAUCAGUGUCGGUAAAUCAACUGUUUAAAUGACAGCUAUGACUACUUAUUCUUCCUAGUUUAGAAAAGGAGUUCAAAGCUUGAUGCGUAGACAGUGAUAAUUGUACCCAUGGUCAGUGACUGUAACCAUGGACAGUGACUGUAACCAUGGUCAGUGAUUCAAACCAAAAACAGCAUCAAAUUUAUUGAAUGUAGGUUUGCUGUUUGCAUUUAUAUAAGAUAAUAUUUUAUUUCAAUAAUAUUAAUAACUUUAUGUAUGGUGUGAAAAGUAGAACGUUUGUCGCAUUUUCAGUUCAUAUUAAAUAAUCAUAAGUCAAAAUUUAUUGUUAUGUUGAGUGAUACAGUGGUUACUGCGUAACACAGACGUCUUCAGCCGAGUUCCCAUCAGUCAUCAGGUGUUUCGCCCCUUAUCUCGGAACACGCUCUUGAUGGUGGGGAAGCAGUGUUGAUCAGACACUGCACGUCUGUGAUGGCUUCCAUGUUGUUUCAUUGCGUCGUAGCUAGAGCCAUCUAGAAGCCCUCUGCCACCUUCCCAAGGGCCCUUACAGAGCUUUUCCUAGCCCUGCCUUUAAUGCCCAAAGCUCCUAGCGCGUUCCACACGAAUUGUGCAGGGAAGCCCCUACAUCCUACUUCUACAGGGAAGAUCCAGGUGGUGUACCCUCUCUCCCUUCACAUACCUGCCAAUUCUUGGUACUUUUAGCGCUUCCUUUCAUUUGCCUCAUCAGUUCUUUUUUCCCAAGGAACAGUCAGUUCCAGGAGUAUCAUCUUCUUUGGAGCUGUUGACCAGAUGACUAUGUCAGGGCAUAGGUUUGUUUGAACGACAUCUGGGAAUACGAGUUUCUGUUGGAGGUCAACCUUCAUCUCCUAGUGUCUUGUCUCUUGUAGCAAGCUUGUGUUCUGGCUACCCUUUGCCUUCUGACAUUCUGUCACAAAGUUGAUGUAACCUGGUCCUCUGGUGUUGAUUUGUCGCUCCUUCCUUCUUUCUUGCUCCAGGAUGUCCACAAGCACUUGCAGUACUUGGUCAUGCCUCCAUCUGUAACGACCUUUAGAGAGAGCAAUAUGACAGGAUGACAGGACAUGUGCUAGAGUCCCUCUCUGGCUGCAUAGUGGACAACUUGGGUCGUCGCUUAGCUUCCAUCUUUCAAGGUUGGCAGGUGUUGGCAAAAGAUGGUAUACUGAUCUCAGUAAAAAGGAAAGCUGGAGGGGUUCAUACUGCCAAAGCUCAUUCCAUGUCAGCUUUCUUUCUGGCAGAUUCCAUCGACUCCAACUACCUUGCUGGCCCAUCUACACUGAUCUUGCAGACCGAUGGGUAUCUUCUGAUCUUCUUAUCUCCUGUUGUACCAUGGAGCCUCAUUCCUGGCUGUCUGCCUUUUCCAACCGGGACUGUUGCCCAUGCCCUGGACCUUCACGUCCUUUGUUGGUAGCUCCAACAAUGACCUGGUGAUGUAGUCUUCUCUCGGCUUGUUCAACUGCCUUGGUUACCAACCACUUCCUCCCUGUUCGUAUUUUUAUACCAGCCUUAAAUGUUACUCAUCAUCAAUGGUGAUUACAUGUUUUUAUUUCAUGUGAUAAUUUGGGUUCAGGGAUUGUAUUCAGUAAGUUUACAAAACUCGCAUGGUUAAUUUGAAAUAAUCAUUCCCUAUUGGAGUUAACAUAUUUACCAAUAAAACUCCCCCAAGACGUACUAAUUACUGCUGUUGUUAAUGUCCCUAAUUGUUAUGUUUUGUUAAUAAAUUUGAGAACAUACUUAAUAACUGUUUUGCCUGCAUUUUGAAAUAAACGUGUUAUAUAAUUUGUUAUUCCAGCAUGUUUAUUGUACCUUAAGUGAAAUCAGAGGUGUAUUUUUUCUGUUUGUAUUGUUAUUUGUAUUAAGACUGACCAAUAAAUAUAAAUAAAA